GUGCAGUACACUCUGUUUUAUAUGCUGCUAAAUUUGGCUGAUGAAUGUAUCUAUGUAAGUAUAAAUUCAUAAAUUCAUAUUGAUUUGUAUUUGUUAGGGUUUGAGAAAAAAAUAUUAUUGAGAUCUUCAAAAAGAUGUCAUGCAAUUCUGAUACAGAAAGGGCAGCAGCAGCAUCUGCAUCGCAAUCUUCAUCUUCUCCACUUCUCACACCCCAAGAUCACCAAUCUGCUGGAGCACCAGCAGCAGAAGUUGCAGAACCCCCAGUCUUCGAUUCAUCGUCUUCCAUCGUCACCAACUCUGAAGACAACCCAUCACCACCAUCGACUGAGCUCGAAAUCCCAAUUGUUUGGCCUCCCGAUGGCAAGCUCAGCCUCAACUGGAUACGAAACCUCAUGUCCGUUUUCGAUUGGGCUUCUAGAAAUCUCGAGCCCACCCAAUUGCCAGACGUAUUUCCCGUCGAGGUUUUUGAUAGUUUGGUCCUCUGCGCCUCCAAGAUCCUCCACAAAGAGCCCAAUUGUGUUGCCAUUGACAACUUAGGCUCUGAAUCCACAGUCGUCGUCGUUGGAGACCUUCACGGUCAGUUGCACGACCUUCUUUUUCUCCUCCACGAUGCUGGGUUUCCGUCAGAAAAUCGAUUCUUUGUCUUCAAUGGCGAUUACGUUGACAGAGGUGCUUGGGGUCUCGAAAGUUUCUUAAUUUUAUUGGCUUGGAAAGUGUUCUUUCCAAGAACUGUUUAUCUUUUGAGAGGAAAUCACGAAUCCAAG